AUGUCAAGAAGAGAAGAAAUUGAAAAAGCAAUUAAUGAGCUUAUUGGACAACCAAAAGAAUUUGGAGAGGAAGAAAUUGACAAGGCAAAGAUUGAAAAUGAUGAAGAGCUCAAAAUGAAGGAAUCAUUAACAGUUGGUAAGAUUAAAGCAGCACAAGGGAUUAAAGAGGACAAAAAAUGGGAAGGGAAAGUCGUUAAUAAAGAAGAUGCAUUCAAUAAUUUUUCUAAAUCAAAUGAAGAAAGUGAAGAAGGUAAUUCAAUGAGUGAAGAAUUGAAAGAAAGUUCUGAAGAAAAUGAAAGUAAUGAAGAAAAUUAUUCAAUGAGUGAAGAAGAAGAAAAUAAUGAAAGUAAUAAAGAAGAAAGUGAAGAAGAUGAGGCUGAUAAAUUAAUUCAACAAACAUUAAAUGUUGAAACUAUACAAAAGAAAACAAAUGAUGUUGAAAAAGAAGAUGUUUCUAACCAAAUUAAAUUAUUUGAUACUGCACUAGAUAUUAGAGUUAAGAUGCAAGGAAUUCUUGGAGAUGUUAAUAGUUUACCAUUAAGUGAAGAUAUUAAAAUGUUACGAGAAAAUAAUGAAAGAUUUAAUGAAGAAUUAGAACAUUUAAAUAGAACAUUUAAAGAUCUUUUCCAUAGAACAACAGAGUUAUGUGAAACGAUAGACAAACAAUGGGGAGUUCAAUGGGAAUAUAAAUCAACAGAUAGUGAUGAAGAGAAAUUAGUUAAGGUAAAUAAAAAGAAAGAUGAACAACGACUUAGUGUCAUGGAAAAAUGGCACUCAAAAACAACAAUGAUGAAUAUA